AUGUGAGUGCUUCGCCGUUUGGCUAGUUACUGCACAAGAGAGACGCGCUUCGCGUUCGGUUGUUUGGCUGGAAGGCGGAGCCCGGAGCGAUAAAGUCUUCCGAGAAACAACGGCGAAGUCAGAAAUAAAACUGACUGUCGCCGGGAUCAGAACCGUCAACCCCCAGCCCGGACCAGGUUAGCUGCCUACUGGAUAGGAAGGCGGACGGAUACGGUCACCGUUUACCUGAGUGAUAAAGUCGGAGCAACUCUCCUCGUGAUGGGUGCAGUGGGGAUCAUGAAGAAAGGCGCAUCACUAGUUUGCCUUUGUGCACUGAUGAACCUGUUUGUAUAUAAAAAAGUGCUGUGCCAAGCUCCAUCAUAUGGAGAACGAGGUUCUGAUCUUGGCAUCCAGGUGUUUCAGGAAGUAGUCCGCUCCAGACCCUUGGAGAACGUGGUGCUUUCGCCCCAUGGAGUGGCUUCCGUCUUAGGCAUGCUGCUUUCUGGAGCCCACGGGGAAACACGGAGGCAGAUCAUCAAAGGGCUGCGGUACAAGAAAAAUGGACCCUACAAGAUGUUGAGGAGGUUGCACAAAACUCUUACUUCCAAGUCCAACCAAGACACGGUUCUGAUUGCCAACGGUAUCUUCAGCCAGAAGGGGUUCCCCAUGGAGAAGACUUUUGUGAGCACAAACAAAGCCAACUUUCAGUGUGAAAGCAGGAUUCUUGACUUCAGCAACCCCCACGCUGCUGCUGACGAGAUCAACAAAUGGGUCAAAAACAUGACCAAAGGUCACAUCCCCAGCUUGCUCAAAGCAGACCUGUUGGAUCCAGCAAUGACCCGUCUGGUUGCCAUCAACUCAAUCUACUUCAAAGGCCUGUGGAAGUCCUGCUUCAAGCCAGAGAACACCAAGAUGCGACCCUUCCACACGGCUGACGGAAGCGUUUCUAAAGUUCCAAUGAUGUCCCAGCUGUCGCUCUUUAACAUCGGCAUGGCCACCACCCCUGAAGGGAGCAAAUACAAGGUGAUCGAGCUGCCCUACCACGGCGACAACAUCACCAUGGUCAUUGUUGUGCCCUCUGAAGAAGACACGGCCCUGUCCAGCAUCACCCCCCAUAUCAGCACAGCCACCGUGCAGACCUGGUCCAAACUGAUGCACAUGAGGAAGAUCCGCCUGUUCAUCCCAAAGUUCACUGCAGAUGCAGAGGUGGACCUGGAAGCCCCCCUCUCAUCCUUGGGAAUAUCGGACAUUUUCAGUCAGGACAAAGCUGACUUUUCCCACAUCAGCGCUGAACCUCUACACGUGUCCAAAGCUCUCCAGAAAGCCAAGAUCAUUGUGAAUGAAGAUGGGACACAAGCUGCAGCUGCCACCGCUACCAUUCUGCUGGCACGGUCCUCCCCGCCAUGGGUUACUGUGGACAGACCCUUCCUCUUCCUCAUCCGGCAUAAGCCUACAGGAACCAUUCUCUUCAUGGGCCAGAUAAACCAGCCAUGAGGUUGCCUCCUGACCCCCUGGGGCAGACUCCCAUGAGCCCCUCUGACCAGCUCAUGGAUCGCUCACAAGCUGCCUUACGGGAACUGUUAUGUAAAAUGUGGACGCUGGAUAUUUGUUUUAAAUAUUGCUUUUUAUGUUACUCAUUUUGUGGAUCGCAGAACGCUGGAUAAAAUGUUUUCCAAUUGUUUUAAUUUUGUGUUUAAACUUUUUUACUUUAUUGCAUUUUUAAAAGACUUUGAAUGUCAUUUAUUUUAUUUUGUCUCGCUUUGGCUGUAAGAAUUUUUUUUUUUUUUUUUGGUGCCUUUUUUGCCAUCCAUCUUUACACUCUUAAAAGCAUGUUCUUUUUGUUGGUGAACCUUUCUGUUAAACCUGUUUGAAUAAUGCAAGCAAGAAUAAAAGGCUGAAAAGUG